AUGUCAGAUAAAGCAAGUUCCUGUGAUUCAUCUGAUUUCUCUGAUGGUUAUCCAACAACAACAACAAUUAGUACAGUUGCAUUACAAGCUGGUAAUGCACGUAUUGUACUUGCUGUAUUACGUUUGGAUGAAUCGAUAACAUCAUCACUUUCACGUAUAUCCAGAACACCAUUGCCGAAUCAACCACAUGAACUUGCAGAAGCUUUAAGGGUUCAUCAUAAUGAACGCAAUGAAAUUGAUCAUUUAACAUUGAAUUUAAAAACAGAAGCUCAACAAUUAGGCUCCAUGAUUGGUGCACAACCUGAUGAUCAUGACUAUAAUAGUCAAAGUUGGAGAUUUAUUGAAGUUCCGAAUAAAUUCACUUCUGGUCUACCAUUAUCAACUAUGGGAAAACGUUUACGUUCAGAAAUGUGUUUACAAUUAGCUGGUUUAGAAACAAGGUGGAACGCAUGGGAUAAAGUAUGGACAUCAAGAAGUAUACAACUGGAACGACGUGGUACACAUUUUGGACAGUUAACAACUAUUGAGGAGAUAGAAGCAGAAAUUAUUUCAGCUGAAAGAAAAUUACAACAGAUUAUGGGAAUGGUUUCAUUAACUGCACCAUUAUCACAAGUUCAAAUUGCUGAUAGAGAUCUUAGUCAAAUUGAGGCUACGAUACCAGUUUUACACAGUCGAAUACGUUCUAGUGCACCUGAUAUGAAAUUACAGUUAAUUCAAGGUGAACCAUCACCAACGGAAUAUACUGGAACAAAUAUUGAUUUGUUAAAUGUUUCAAAACGUCAUGAACAUCUUGAAACACGUUUAACAACAUUCACACAAGAAACUGUACGAUGUCGUACUGAAAUUAAUUUAACUCUACGUUUAUUGAAUGCAGUAGAUACAGCACAGAAAGCCUUAUCACAGAUAACAUUUAAUUUAGAUCGUGUUAAAAAUCAACUACCAGAAAUUUCUUCAGAAAAUCGUUAUCAGAUUGAAGAGAUACGUUUUGAUAUAUCAGAACAAAUUAAUAGAGGACGAGUACUAGCUGAUACACAUAUACCAGUCUUGGAACAAUUAUCUAUUCAAUAUCCACGCCCUAUGGAAGCAAAACAAUUUAUCCAACCUAUUGUAAAUGAGUUUCAAUCAUCUAUUAAUAAUUUAAAUCAAUUAUCAGAUGAAAUUCGUAUAAGAACAGAACAAUCUAUUAAUUUACAACGUUUACAACCUACACAUGUAUAUGAUGAUCAAAUGAAAGCCACUACACUUACAAUGCCAAUAAAAGCUAAACCACCAAUAAUUAUUAAACCAUUAGAAAAUAUAACUAUAGAAGAAGGUAAAAAAAUUAUUAUGGAAACAAUAUUUGAUUCUGGUCUUCCACCAGACGCUAACCCGUAUGAUACCAAUCAAUUACAAGUAACUUGGUACAAAGAUGGAAUACCUGUAGUUACUCCAGACUAUGAAGUUAAUUUAACAGAGAACACAGCAAGUUUGAAAAUAUCUGAAACUUUAAAUGAAGAUAAUGCUAUAUUCACAUGUUAUAUUAGUACACCAUAUGGUAAAGCUGAGACAAAAUGUACGUUAACAAUAAUAGAUACAAUUAGUCCAGUACCAAUCAGUGAAAGUUUAAUUCAACCUACUAGGAAUGUAAGAGAACAAAAACCUAUUCGUGAACUUGGUGAUCCGCCUGAAUUUAUCAAACAACUUAAAUCUAUGUGUAUAGAUGAAACUAGUGAAUUGGUUUUAGAUUGUCAAGCAGUUGGUUUACCUGUACCAAUUUUAUCAUGGUAUAGAAAUGGUCAAUUAAUUGAUCAAAAUCCUGAUUUUAAAAUUACUCAAUUAGCUGGAUCAGGUAUAUUGAGGAUUCCACAAUGUCGAAUAAUGAAUCAUUCUGGAUUAUAUUUAUGUCGUGCUACUAAUCCUUAUGGUGAAUGUUCAACCACUUGUCAAGUGGAUAUAAAUCCAGCUAAGCCACCAAUAAUUAUUCAACCAUUACAAAAUGUUAAUCUUAAAGUUGGUGAUCGAUGUAAAUUAACUGUUCAGUAUAAGAGUGAACUUCCAGUUGAAGUAGAUUGGUAUCAUAAUGAUUUGCCAAUUCAAGGAGAAGUGGGUCGUCGACGUAUUACAAUGGAAUUAAAUAAUAUGAUCAGUUUACAUCUUCUUAUGGUUUCUGAUUUAGAAGACGGAAAGUAUACUUGUACAGUUCGUAAUGCAGCAGGCUCAGCUACUACAUAUUGUAAUGUUACUGUUCAACCAACAGAUACAAGAGAAUCUUUAUUACCGUCACAAGUGACACUACGACCAACAGCUCCACGUCGUAGAAGGGAUUUACAGUCCGAUUUAGAUGAAGUAUUUGAACCAGUUAAAAUACCACGAAUAGUUCAAUCACCUACCGGAGUCACAGAAGAACAAGUGAUUCCAGUUAGUACAGUUAAAGGAGCCUAUCCAAAAUAUACUCAAAGAGCUGUUUCAGUACCACCUACAACAACAGCCUCUGUACCUUUAAGAAUACAAACAAAUGCCACAGGAGGACGUCCAGUAUCAGAUUAUGGUAGGCCUCCACAGUUUAUACUACCAUUGCAAAAUUCUGGAGUGAAUGAAGCAGAAAAAAUCAAAUUAGAAUGUCAAAUUACUGGGAUUCCUGCACCACAGGUUACUUGGCUUAAAAAUGGUAUCCCAUUAGGUAGAUCUAAUUCAUACGUAACUAAAGAGAUUGGACAAUAUCACUGUCUAAUCUUUUAUGAUGUAUUUCUUGAUGAUCAAGGUGAAUAUACAUGUGUAGCUGAAAAUCCUUAUGGAAAAGCAUAUAGUUCAUGUAGAAUGGAUGUUGAACCGAUUUGUGAAGAUGAACAACCAACUGAUAGUGAACCGACGUUAGUAAAACCAUUACCGCCAAGUUUAUCUGUUGUAGAAGGUGGAUCAGUUGAGUUAACAUGUCAAUUCACUGGAAGGCCAAUACCUUCCAUAGUAUGGCUCAAAGAUGGUAAACAACCACAAUCUUCAACUAAUUUUCAGACAUUUCAAGAUUCUGGUUUUGCACGUCUUUAUAUACCAAAAGUUGAAAAAGAUAAAACUGGUGUAUAUGAAGCUGUAGCAACAAAUCCAUUAGGUAGUUGUUCUACUACUGUAUAUAUGGAAAUACUUCCAUCUAUGCGAACAUCUAUUGAUUUAUUGCCAACAAUUUCACCAGUGAUGAGUGGAAGUUCACCGGAAUUUACACGAAUAUUUAAAGACGUUUAUAUUGAAUCAGAACGUUUAGAAGAAGUGGUACUUGAAUGUUCAGUGGUUGGUGUUCCAACACCAAUAGUGUAUUGGACACAUAAUGGAACAAUUAUCAGACCAGAUGAUCAACGUUAUACUAUUGGCCAAGGACCUGGUCCAAAUGAUCAUUGUUUAAUUAUCCGACGACCAGGACCAGAAUCAGCAGGUCGUUAUCAAGCUAUAGCUGAAAAUCUCCAUGGAAGAGUUACUUGUUCAGCAUUUAUAAGUCCUAUUGCUUAUAGUCAAACAAUAAUUAAAAGACCUCCAUCUACGAUGAGCUUAACAAGGCAUACAGUUACACGACAAAUAUGUCCACGUGAAACAUCAUUACCUCCAUCACCAGCAAGUACUGCUCCAAUCAUUUCACCACAAUCAUUUGCUACAGUUCAAUUACCUUUAUCACCAGUACGAUUUCAAAGAGAAACAUCAGCUCCACCAUCACAAUACUAUUUGACAAGACAUCAUUUACAAAUAAGACCAAGACAGCCAACACCACCAAUUCAACUCACUUUUGCAUUACCACGCAAAGAACAAUCAUUAAGUCGAACAGAGAUAAUACGACCUAUUGAUAGUCAAUUAAAAUUACAAGGACAAGUAAAACAUUAUAGUAGUACACAACAUUUAUAUAAAAAACAAAUUACACCGAUUGUGCCAAAUAUUGAAACACGUUAUUCACGACGUGUUGCUAGUCAACCACGUCUUUCACCAGGUUAUUCAUCAGAAGAAGAACAUGAACAUAGUAUGUCCGUCGUACCAAUGGUACGCCAUUAUAAAACACGUAUGGAAAGAAAUCUAGUAAGUAGACCAUAUAUCAUGUCUGGUUACAGUUCAGUAAAAGAACAUAAACGUACAUUACAUCUUACACCGAUGAGACGUGAAUAUCAAACAUCAUUAGAACAUAAUUUACCAGCUAGGCCAAUAUUAGAAAAAGGUUAUGCAGCUGAAGAAGAACGUGAAUAUGAAAUGAAUGUUGUACCUAUUGUACCUCAUACUGAUUAUAAAACUGAACUAACAACUGAUAUUUAUAGUAAACCAGAGCUGACACCAGGUUAUACUACAGAAACUGAACAUAUUCGAUCAUUUGAAAUUACUCCAAUGGUACCGGAAUAUCAUACAAAAAUGGAACGAAAAAUAGCAAGUCAUCCAAUACUUGAAGCUGGUUAUUCAUCAGAAGAAGAACAUGAACAUAAAUUGGAUAUUAUUCCCAUGACUACUUCAUAUAAAACUGAACUGAACACUGAUGUAUCCUCUAAACUAGAAUUGAUGCCUGGAUAUGCUGUUGAAACUAAACAUCCUAUCAAACUUGAAGUCACACCAAUGGUUCCAGAAUAUCGUACUGAAUUAGAUACAAAAGUUGCUAGUCAUCCACAUUUAGAGGAAGGUUAUACAUCAGAAGGUGAACAUGAGCAUCAAAUGGAACUGAUACCGCUAGUACCUGAAUACAAAACACAACUGUCAACAGAUUUAUCAGCAAAGACUGAAGUGAUUAGUGGUUAUGAAAGUCGAUUACAUUAUGAAAAAACUUAUCUUAUGGAAACUCAAUUAAAACAAUAUGAAACUGCUAUUUCAACUCAUCUACCAAGUAGGCCAUCUUUAACAUCAAUAUUUGAGUCGACUUUUGAACAUGAAACAAAUAUGAAUAUCGUUCCAGUUGUACCACAGAUUGAACAUCAUAAAAGUCAAUGGAUUACUGAUUUCUACGCUAGAUACCGUCCAGUAGAUGUAAUUGUUGAAGUACCUAUUCCACCAGAGUUUGUAAAACCUCUAGCAAAUGUUGUAGCUGAUGAAGGAGCAUGUGUUGUUAUAGAAGGUCUUGUAAAUGGAACACCACAACCCAAAAUAUCAUGGUAUCGUUCCGGACGUCAAUUAUCUGAUGGUCCUGAUUUCCGUUUAGAUUAUACAAAUAAUUGUGUACGAUUAACACUCAGUGAAGCAUUUCCUGACGAUGCAGGUGAAUAUACUUGUGAAGCUGAAAAUAUUGCAGGUCGUGCACAAAGUACUGCAAAUUUAAUAGUGCGAGGUCGUUUAAUGACACCAAGAUUUAUUAAAGGACUUGAAAACCAAAUAAUAUAUGAAAGAGAAUCAGUUCGAUUAAUUGUUAAAGUAGAUGGACAUCCACCACCAACAGUUACAUGGACUCGUGAUGGUCAUGAAAUUACAAGUUCUCCAAACUAUAUACUUGAAUGUGAAGGUAAUGGUAUUUAUGCACUCAAUAUACCUGAAGCAUUCUUUGAAAAUUCUGGUCGUUAUGCUGUAAUUGCUGAGAAUCCAGCUGGAAAAUGUAUCUCUUCUGGUUUGUUAACUGUUUUAGAACCAGAAAGACCUUAUCCUCGUGAAUUAGAUAAGUUAUGUCUAAGCCAGUUGACAGUGCAAGUAGAAGGUUUAAAACAAGUUCAAAUACCAUCUCCAGAACCUCGACCGUACCCUGAGAAGCCAUAUUUCACAAAAACCUUCAGUCCAGAAAUAGAAUUAUAUGAAGGUGAACGAUUAAUUUUAACAGCUGAAGCUUGUGGCAAUCCAAUACCAUUCAUUAAAUGGUACCUAAAUGGACAACCUUUAGUUGAUAGCCCAGAUCAUCAACAAACUCAAGUUGGACCACCAGUGUCUGAUGUGAAUGAAUUACAACCACAUCCAGUAAUAAUGACAGGACAUUUAAUUAUGAAUGAACUAUUCCCAGAAGAUUCUGGUCUUUACACAUGUAUAGCAGAAAAUAUAGCGGGUCAAGCAGAAGUUAUGUCUAAUAUAAGCGUUAUAACAAAAACUAUAAGCGAUACAAAAAAGCCAACUAUUCAACCACCGGAGUUUAUUAAAUUCCCAGAAUCUCCAAUAAGAGCUCAACUUGAUCAAGAAUUGAUAUUAGAAGUAGAAGUUAAAGGUUUACCAUUGAAUUCAUUGAAUUGGUAUCAUAAUGGCAUGAUUGUGCAUAGUAAUCCGAAUCAAUUCAUUCAAAUUAUACCAAAUACAGGGAUUACAAGAUUAAUUAUUCAACAAAUUCAACCAGAUGAUCAAGGAGAAUGGUUAGUGACAGCUACAAAUCCAGCUGGUUCAUGUUCAAAAUGUCUUCAAAUAAUUUGUGAAGAACCUAUAUUUGUUCUACCAGAGCCAGUUGUUCAUACUGAAUAUGAAUUGAAAUUAAGUCACCCAUCAAUGGAUACCACCGAUUUAUCGCAUACAUAUCAACAACAAACAAUAUUUAUACAACCAGAAAUGAUUCCACCGAAUUUCAUUGAACGAUUUCCUAGUGAACUUCAAAUAAAUGAGAAGAUCCCACUGCAUAUACAUGGCAGAGUUUAUGGUCUGCCCAAACCAAGCGUACAAUGGCUUAAAAAUGGGAAACCAUUGUAUUCAGAUGAAAGGAUACAUUAUCAUGUAUUGGACAAUGGUGAAGUGAGAUUGGAAAUUACAGAACCAACUGAAGCUGAUUCUGGGAUUUAUGUAGCAUCAGCGAAAAGUCCUGCUGGAGAAGAUCAUUGUAUUGUUAACCUAUCCGUUGUACCGCUGUCAAGCGUUGCCCCAACUGGUCAACCACCAGUAUUCUGUCGAGGUCCUCUCCCUUGGUCUCCGACAGAAGCUGGUCCGAUAAUCACCUGUCCUGGUGUGUUAAACCUACAAGAAGGCCAGCCUGUUCGCUUGGAAGCUGAAGUAAUCGGGAAACCAGUCCCAACAGUAUCAUGGUUUAUUAAUGGUCGUCCGAUUACCAUGGAUAAAACGCACAAGAUCGUCCCCAUGCGUGCGAAUGUAUGUUCACUAAUUCUAGACACACCCGUAUCUAAUAUUGAUUCUGGUGUCUGUAGUUGUAUUGCUACUAAUCAAUUUGGUCAAGCGGAACUUCGAUUUAAUAUACAUGUUGAAGGUAAACCACAAACAAUUUCACAGUCUCCUCGGUUCAUACAAAAGCCACCUACUCAAAUAACAGCACCCCUUAAUGAAGAAGUUACAUUGCAUGCAGUUGCAGAAGGAAUACCACAACCAGUACUAUCAUGGCAUAAAGAUGGAAAGUUAUUCACUGGAACGUCAGAUGGUCGCAUUCAAAUUUCAAUAAAUGAACUAGAAACAACACUUCAUUUUGCAGCUUUACAAUCUGAAGAUUUAUGUACAUGGCAGUGUUUAGCAGCAAAUAUAGCUGGAACUGCUUCAGCAAGAACAAAAAUUUCAACACCAAUUGAAGAGAAACCUAAAGAAAUAGUUCGAAAGUUUAGUAUACCGAAGAAACAACCAGAAGGGCUACAAGAAAUAACCUCCCCUUAUCCAAUAAUAAUGUCACCACCUCAGUCAGUAUGUAUAAAUGAAGGUGAAAAUGCUCGUUUUACAGCUCAUGUUGUUGCAAAUCCAUCACCAAUUGUAACAUGGUACGUCAAUGGCCAACCUGUACCUUCCUAUGGAAUUAUGCCAGCAAAACAACCGGAAAGUGAAGAAAUACGAUACAUCAGUAGAUUUGAUGGUUUGAUUUAUUAUCUAGAUAUGCAGAAAUGUAAACCUGAAGAUGCAGGUGAAAUAUAUAUUGUAGCUCAACGAAGUGAUAUUUCACCGGAAUUAGUAAACAUUGAACCAAAUGCUGUUGUAAGUGCAUCUGCUAAACUGGAGGUCAUACCAGUAAUUGAUUUACGUGCACAACUCAAACCAAUACCAAAACCAUCUGUUGAAGUGAUGACUGAAAAAGUUAUGCCAACACAAGAAGGUCCUGCAAUGCGUGCACCACGGUUCUUGAAAUUUUUACAACCCCAAACUGUUCCUGAAUCUUCAGAAAUAACGUUUUCAGUUGAAUUUGAUGGUGAACCAGCACCUGAAGUUACCUGGGCACGUGAACAAGUCGAUAUAAAUAAUAGAGAAAACUAUAAGAUAACAACAACUUCUACAACUAGUCAACUUGUUAUUUCAAAAGUUCUCUUAGAGGAUACAGGGAAUUUCUCAGUUACAUUACGUAAUCCAGCUGGGCAAGCUUGUAGUAAAUCAAGGCUUACAGUGACACAAAUUAAAGUAUCAGGAAAAGCUCCUGAAUUCAUACCACCAUUAAUAGAAUCACAGAUUGUAGAAGCUGGAGAGCCAAUUACAUUUGAAUGCAAGGUUACUGGUGAACCAACUCCACAAGUUCAUUGGGAACGAAAUGGAGAGCGAUUACCUCUAAAAGAUCUUGAAUAUAUACGCGUAUUUGAUGCGCCACCGUUUCAUACUCUUGUAUUAUGUGAAACUGUACCAGAUGAUUCUGCUGAGUAUCGUUGUGUAGCAAUAAAUGCUCAUGGACAGUCAGUUUGUAAAGCAAAUGUUACUAUACAAGCUAAACCAGCUGCUAUUGUCCCACCAAGAAUUAUUCAAGAACCAAAAAGUGUAACUGUCAUGGAAUCUCAACCAGUUCAACUAAUUGCACUAAUAGAAGGUACACCGAUGCCAGAAAUUACUUGGUUACUAAAUAAUGAAAUUAUCAAACCAUCACGUUACUUUCUUCCUGAAAUUCGACCAGAUGGUUAUACAAUACUUAAUAUUUCUAGUGUUUAUCCAGAAGAUACUGGAAUUUAUACAGUACGUGCUGUGAACUCUGGUGGAGAAGCUCAAGCAUCAGCGGAAAUCUUAAUUUCUGCUCCAUUACAAACUGCUCCACAAUUUGUGAAACCUUUACCUACUGGGACAUUAGAAGUAAAAGAAGGUGGAAGAGUAUUCUUGGAAGUUCAAGUUUCAGGCGAACCUAUACCUCGAAUUGAUUGGUAUCAUAAUGGUCAAUCUUUACAAUCGGGACCAAUUUGGAAAGUUAAAACUGAUAGAUAUACUUCACAACUUGAAUGUAAUGUAAUCUCCAUGAAUGAUGGUGGUGAAAUUCUUGUCAGAGCAACUAAUUCAGUUGGUCAAACAACUACGCAAACAAAAGUGGUGAUAAUCCGAUCAGGACCCAAACCAACUCCACCAGUUUUUCAAAAACGUCUUCAACCUCAAGUAAAGGCACCAGAGCAUCACACUGUCACGUUCGAAUGUUCAGUAAAUGGAUGUCCGGAACCAACUUUACGAUGGUUUCAUAACGGUGUAGAGUUCGAACCAGUUUUAAUAUCAUCCUUUUCUCAUGAAAUGGCUGCUAAGAGAGAAUUAUAUAUUGAUGAGGCAACACAUACAUAUACGUUAUACAUACAUGAUUUAAACGCUUUUGAUGUUGGAGAAAUUAUGGUGCGCGCAGAGAAUGAACUUGGCGUAACUAUGUGUAGUAGUGUAUUAGAAUUAGAAAUUCUUGAUGGAAAAAUUGUUGAACCACGUUUCAUACGUCAACCACCAGAAAGAAUUGAAUUACAACCUGGAGAUAGCGCUCAAUUAGAGUGUGAAGUGGAAUCAGAACCACCUGUUACAUUUAAAUGGUAUUUAAAUGGAUUACAAUUAGAUCAGUCAAAUAAACGAUUUAGAGUUCUUGAAGAUGUAAAUCGUACAACUCUUAUAAUUCCAUCUGUUCAACAAGAUAUUCUUCCUAGUGAAGUGACUAUUGAAGCCGCUGGUCAAACUGGUACAAAGAUUGUAACAUCUUCAAUUCUAGUAAUGACAGCUAAAACAGAUGAUUUAUCAGUACCUGAACCACCAGAAUUACGUUUUAGUCGACAACUUCCAUCAAAUUUAGCAUAUAGUGAAAUGGAUGAUACAAUAAUUCUUGAUGUGGAAGUUGAUAAACCAGAAAUAUCAUCAAUUGAAUUACCUAAACCUACAUUUAGUUGGUAUAUGAAUGGAAUAGAUAUAUUUUUAUUACCACCUGAUAAGAAACCUGAACGUUAUAAUGUUUCACAAGAUAAUCCAUGGCAUAGUCGAUUAACUAUUAAUAAACCUGGUACAUGGGAUUUUGGUGAAAUCACUUGUUUUGUAACACGUUUAACUGAUAAAAAAGAAGAAAAAAUUUAUACUUCAUGUAAUCUUGAACUUACUUAUCAACCAAUUAAACCAGACGAACAAUCUAAACCAAUUAUAUCAAAACUUGAAUUUGCACCACAAUUUAUUCAAGGUUUACCAGAAAAAUUAACACCAGAAGUUGGAUCAACUGUUGUAAUGGAUAUUAUAUUAAAAUCAAAUCCAAUACCUGAUAUUCAAUGGGUAAUAAGUUCACCAUUAACAGCUGAACGAUUUGAAUAUUUCGGUCCAGAACAAAUUGAUGAUGAAACAUUACAAUAUCGUGCUAUAUUACAUAAUUAUCAACCUGAUAAAGAUGAUAAUACUAUGUUACAAAUGAUUGCCACCACAUCACUAGGACAAUCUACAUCAAUAUGUCAUAUACAACCAAUAGAACAACAAAUUGUUAAUAUACAAUUUGCUAAAACAUUAAAUUCACAAUUAGAAGUUGUAUUAGAUCAAUCAAUUGAAUUAGAAUGUUCUAUUAUACCAACUAAUAUACCAAUUGAAUUUCGUUGGUUUAUUAAAGGUGUAGAAAUUACUGCUGAACAUAUACCAUAUGAAAUAAAUACUACUGAUUUUACAUCUAUAUUAAAAAUUCCUAAAAUUAAUUCUGAAUUGAUUGGUAGUACUAUUAGUGUAUCAGUAUGUUCUCCAUAUACUAAUGAAUUAAAAAGUUCUUGUGAAUUAUAUACAAUAUCUGAAUCUAAUUUACCAAUUAUUGAAGAUAUAAUUACUGAAUUACCAACAAUUCCAGAGAUGUUAACAAUUGAAUCAAAAAUAAUUGAACAAGAAUAUGAAUUUAGUUUUAUUAAACCAAUUCAUUAUGAAUUAUAUCAAAAAUCAAAUGAAGAAUAUACUUUAGAAUUAGAAUGUCAGUUAAUAACAGAUCAACAACCAGCGUCUAUUAAAUGGAGCCAUGAAGGUACUGAACUAAAUAUUUCUGAUCGUAUCGAACAGGUCUAUGAAUAUGAAAGUGGCUUAGCUAUACUAAUUAUACAUAAUAUUACACCUCAAGAUAUGGGUGAAUACACUUGUACUGCUACACAAGCUCAUCUUCAACCUUCACAAGUUGAACCAAUACAGAAAACAAUCAGUACGAGUACUGUUGUGGAUAUAGAAGUUCCUGAAACGACAGAAGUUGUGCCAACAGUAACUGAGAAGGUUCUCACCUUCUUACAACCAGUAACACCGAAUAUCCACACUGUACAAGACCAUAAGGAUCUUGAACUGGAAUGUCAAAUUCAAGCAGAUUUAAAGCCAAUUCAAGUUGUCUGGGAAGUUGAUGGCAAGGAAUUAACUCAAUCUGAUCGUAAUGAAAUGAUCUAUUUUGAAGAUAGUGGAGUAGCUCGUCUAAUAGUACACCAAGUGGUUCCAUCGGAUUCUGGUGAAUACACUUGCAAAGUUCAUGGUGAGGUGAUUGAAGCUGAGACCAAACAACAAUUGACCAAAACAAUUUCAUCUGGCUCAAUUGUUACAAUUGAAGUUCCUGAAACGACAGAAGUUGUGCCAACAGUAACUGAGAAGGUUCUCACCUUCUUACAACCAGUAACACCGAAUAUCCACACUGUACAAGACCAUAAGGAUCUUGAACUGGAAUGUCAAAUUCAAGCAGAUUUAAAGCCAAUUCAAGUUGUCUGGGAAGUUGAUGGCAAGGAAUUAACUCAAUCUGAUCGUAAUGAAAUGAUCUAUUUUGAAGAUAGUGGAGUAGCUCGUCUAAUAGUACACCAAGUGGUUCCAUCGGAUUCUGGUGAAUACACUUGCAAAGUUCAUGGUGAGGUGAUUGAAGCUGAGACCAAACAACAAUUGACCAAAACAAUUUCAUCUGGCUCAAUUGUUACAAUUGAAGUUCCUGAAACGACAGAAGUUGUGCCAACAGUAACUGAGAAGGUUCUCACCUUCUUACAACCAGUAACACCGAAUAUCCACACUGUACAAGACCAUAAGGAUCUUGAACUGGAAUGUCAAAUUCAAGCAGAUUUAAAGCCAAUUCAAGUUGUCUGGGAAGUUGAUGGCAAGGAAUUAACUCAAUCUGAUCGUAAUGAAAUGAUCUAUUUUGAAGAUAGUGGAGUAGCUCGUCUAAUAGUACACCAAGUGGUUCCAUCGGAUUCUGGUGAAUACACUUGCAAAGUUCAUGGUGAGGUGAUUGAAGCUGAGACCAAACAACAAUUGACCAAAACAAUUUCAUCUGGCUCAAUUGUUACAAUUGAAGCUGCUGAAAAAAAAGAGGACAAACUCAUGUCACCAAUUUUUGUUCACGAGUUAACACCACUGAAUAUUUCUGAAGGUGAAGAAAUUUAUUUAACAGCUACUGUUAAAGGAAAUCCUCAACCUGAAGAAGUGAUUUGGAAACAUAAUGGAAAUAUACUUCAACCAGACGUAACGGAUGUUGUAAUGUUCUAUACUCCAGAAACAGGCGUUUGUGAAUUGACAAUAUCUGAAGCAUUUCCUGAAGAUUCGGGAAUUUAUUCUGUUCAAGUCCAGAAUACUGUUGGUAUGGCUGUUAGUCAAACUGAAGUACUUGUAUUGGUAGAGGUAAGAAACGAACCUACAAUUUUAAAGUCAGAAGAUCAGAAAGAAUCAAUUGUUGAAGAUGUUUUGAACGUUGUUACUGAUAUUUCAGGUGAUAAAACAGUUGUAUCUACGGUUGAAGGUGUAGAGUUACCUAAACAAGAAGUAGUUGUUAAUAUAGUGCAAACUGAAACAACGGAAAUGUAUUCAAUGAUUGAAACUCUUCCAGAAAUACCACAAGCGGCGAUUUAUGAACAUAUCAUAGAGGAAACUGAAUUCGAAAUAAGUUUGGAAGAACCACUAGAGAUUAGUGAUGAUGAGUUAUUGCUCGAUGAAGGAGUUACACCAACACAUGUAGUUGUAUUGGAUGUUCUUAUACCUCAUGAUUCUGUGAGCAUUGAUGAAACAAGUAUAAGCAUAGAGGAAGCUGGCAAGGCUCAGUCGAUCCCAAGCGUCACUGAAAUUUCUUUACAUGACGUUUCUUUAGCCGCGAUUUCAGACGUUAAUAUAAGCGAAGUAAAAGCUCUCGAUGCCAAGGUCACAACACAGGAAGAAAAAGAGGAAUCAAAUGAAAAAGAAAACCGAAUUCAAUCAAUAGAAGCUAUGAGUUCAGACUCAAAAGAACAACGAAAAAAAGGGCAAAGUGAAGACACAAAAGAUGUGGAGGUGGAGACGGUUGAGUUGGUGUCAGUGAAGGAGGCUGUGGUGGACGAGACCCCAGUGGAAUCGGAGACAGUCUCGGUCUUAGGUGUGACGGAGGAGAAGAGCGUGGUCUCAGCGACAGAAGACUUUGCCAUGGAGGUGGAGCAGGUGACUUUGACCGUGGAUGACGUGUCACCUCGUAUGGAAUCCCUGACGUCCUCAGCUGAAGAACGUGUUGUCAGUGAGGCUGUUCCACUGGAGGAGACGGUCUAUGAUGUGUACGAAACGGAACAGGUUGAAGCUGUAACACGUCCCACCACUGACGCUGUCGCUUCUGGUGUUGUCUCCUCGACUACUCCUUCUCUGUCUGACGUUGUCAGUGUUGAAGAAGUUCCUUCUGAGCAGGUAACGGAAGCCGGAGACACAGUGACGGCGAAGACCGCCGAGGUCAUUGUUCAAGAAGGGAAGGAGUCUGUGUCACAGACCAUGGAGUGGGUUUCAGAGGGUGUUGGUGAGUUGGAGGAAUCCGACCGUCAGGAUAGUGCUCGUGUUGUGGAGCAGCCGUAUGAAGUGAGUGUGGCGGUUUCUGAGAAGCCCACUGAAGUGGCGACACCUGAGAAGGUCUCAGUGAAGGAGGCUGUGGUUGAAAAGACCCCAGUGGAAUCGGAGACAGUCCCGGUCUCAAUUGUUAGCAAAGGAGUGGUAGAGGUGGCGGACAUGAAGAGCACAGUUGGAGUGACAGAGGAAUCUGGUAGUGUGGCGGAGCAGGAGACGUUGGUUGUUGAGCAGGUGGCGGAAUCCAAGGAGACAGUGACUGUUAAGAUGGAGGAGCGGGUUGUACAGGAUGUGGAGAAGGAGUCCGUCCCAGAGACGAUGGAGUGGGUUUCAGAGGGUGUUGGUGAGUUGGAGGAAUCCGACCGUCAGGAUAGUGCUCGUGUUGUGGAGCAGCCGAGCGAAGUAGGUGUUGCAGUUUCUGAAACGCAAGUGGAGAUGGAGACGGUUGAGUUGGUGUCAGUGAAGGAGGCUGUGGUGGACGAGACCCCAGUGGAAUCGGAGACAGUCUCGGUCUUAGGUGUGACGGAGGAGAAGAGCGUGGUCUCAGCGACAGAAGACUUUGCCAUGGAGGUGGAGCAGGUGACUUUGACCGUGGAUGACGUGUCACCUCGUAUGGAAUCCCUGACGUCCUCAGCUGAAGAACGUGUUGUCAGUGAGGCUGUUCCACUGGAGGAGACGGUCUAUGAUGUGUACGAAACGGAACAGGUUGAAGCUGUAACACGUCCCACCACUGACGCUGUCGCUUCUGGUGUUGUCUCCUCGACUACUCCUUCUCUGUCUGACGUUGUCAGUGUUGAAGAAGUUCCUUCUGAGGUAACGGAAGCCGGAGACACAGUGACGGCGAAGACCGCCGAGGUCAUUGUUCAAGAAGGGAAGGAGUCUGUGUCACAGACCAUGGAGUGGGUUUCAGAGGGUGUUGGUGAGUUGGAGGAAUCCGACCGUCAGGAUAGUGCUCGUGUUGUGGAGCAGCCGUAUGAAGUGAGUGUGGCGGUUUCUGAGAAGCCCACUGAAGUGGCGACACCUGAGAAGGUCUCAGUGAAGGAGGCUGUGGUUGAAAAGACCCCAGUGGAAUCGGAGACAGUCCCGGUCUCAAUUGUUAGCAAAGGAGUGGUAGAGGUGGCGGACAUGAAGAGCACAGUUGGAAUGACAGAGGAAUCUGGUAGUGUGGCGGAGCAGGAGACGUUGGUUGUUGAGCAGGUGGCGGAAUCCAAGGAGACAGUGACUGUUAAGAUGGAGGAGCGGGUUGUACAGGAUGUGGAGAAGGAGUCCGUCUCAGAGACGAUGGAGUGGGUUUCAGAGGGUGUUGGUGAGUUGGAGGAAUCCGACCGUCAGGAUAGUGCUCGUGUUGUGGAGCAGCCGAGCGAAGUAGGUGUUGCAGUUUCUGAAACGCAAGUGGAGAUGGAGACGGUUGAGUUGGUGUCAGUGAAGGAGGCUGUGGUGGACGAGACCCCAGUGGAAUCGGAGACAGUCUCGGUCUUAGGUGUGACGGAGGAGAAGAGCGUGGUCUCAGCGACAGAAGACUUUGCCAUGGAGGUGGAGCAGGUGACUUUGACCGUGGAUGACGUGUCACCUCGUAUGGAAUCCCUGACGUCCUCAGCUGAAGAACGUGUUGUCAGUGAGGCUGUUCCACUGGAGGAGACGGUCUAUGAUGUGUACGAAACGGAACAGGUUGAAGCUGUAACACGUCCCACCACUGACGCUGUCGCUUCUGGUGUUGUCUCCUCGACUACUCCUUCUCUGUCUGACGUUGUCAGUGUUGAAGAAGUUCCUUCUGAGGUAAAACCUCCAGAAUGUUCAAAACCGACUGCUCCUUCAACUCCUGUCAAUAUAAAAAUUAUUAUAAUUCCACCAGAAAGUCCAUCUUCAAAAUCUAAACUUCAUAUAACAUGGCAACAACCUGAUGAUAUUCCAGUCACUAAUUUUUAUAUAGAAUUAAAACCAUCAAAUUCCAAAACAUGGCAAGAUGUAUCUGCUGAUUUUACUAUAACUGAACCUUAUGCAAUUCUGCCAACUGAUAAUUUACAAGAAUUUGUCAGUUAUGAAUUUCGUGUUAUUGCUGAAAAUGAAGCAGGCAAAAGUGUUCCGUCAUUACCAUCAAAUUCAAUUGAAUUAGGUAUACCGCUAGAAUUCAUUCGCCCAUUGACGGAUAUAACUGUCAGCGCAGUGACAAAUGAACCAGUCAUACUUGAAUGUGAACUAUCUCGAACUCCACGUGACAAGAUUCAAUGGUUUAAGGAUGGAAAAGCACUACCCAGCAAACUGUCGAGUAGAAUAAAAGUUGAAGAGCUGGAGAAUGGAAAAGUUCACCGAAUUAUCUUCAGUCCAUUAGCUGAGGAAGAUCUGGGUGUUUAUUCUGUGAAAGUAGAGAAUUUGACAAGUGAAGCACGAGUGGAUAUGAAGAUUGCACCAACACUGAAGCUGUCGGAAUCAUUCUCUGACAAAGUCAUCAUGAAAGCAGGAGAGGCGGCCGUCUUCGAAAUACCAUUCGUCGCCAGUCCGAAACCGACAGUGACCUGGUCAUGGAGGCCAAGAACACGUCCUGAUGCGGAGUUGGGAUCAGCUCAGACUCCACGAUUUAAGGCUGACGUGGUGUCCGGACUGACAUCACUUCCAGUGAGUAAGGUGAAGCGUGAAGAUGCUGGUGAGUACAGUGUGGUCAUCAGUAAUGAAUUGGGCGAGGUGACAGUGAGCAUUGAGUUGAUUGUAUUGGACAAACCAUCUGUACCUCGCAAUUUAGUUGCGAGUGAUAACACUGGUGAGAGUGUUUUGUUCAGUUGGACGGAACCAGAAUUCCUCGGUCUUCAUCCUGAUGUAGGAGUUAGUGAUGGAUUGAGUUACGUUGUCGAGAUGCGUGAGUCAAAUCAACGUGCGAGUAGGUCGGUGACAGUGACGAGUGAAUUGAAUACUCUUAUAGACAAAUUGCAAGUGAACAAGUCGUAUGUGUUUAGUGUUGCAGCUAAAAAUGAUGUCGGUCAGUCGGAAUUCGCUGAAACGAGUCCAGUUUCGACGAAGUUGGAAUAUGGUCCACCAUCGAGUCCAGUCAAUGUGAAGGCAGUCGUCAAUCCACCGAAAGCGUCUAUCAAAGAUCAAACGAUAGAAUUGACGUGGGAACAACCAACCGACCAAGUGUCUGCCAGUGGACCGGUCACAAACUUCUACAUCGAAUUGAAGCCUGAAGAUUCAACUCGAUGGCAGGACGUGAGUGCCGACUUCACAAUCACUGAACCACACUUCACACUUCCUACUGAUAAAUUGCAAGAGUUUGUGAGUUAUGAGUUCCGUGUAACGUCAGAGAAUAAGGCUGGCAAGAGUAAACCUUCUUCACCAUCGAAUGCUGUUCAACUAGGUAUACCGCUAGAAUUCAUUCGCCCAUUGACGGAUAUAACUGUCAGCGCAGUGACAAAUGAACCAGUCAUACUUGAAUGUGAACUAUCUCGAACUCCACGUGACAAGAUUCAAUGGUUUAAGGAUGGAAAAGCACUACCCAGCAAACUGUCGAGUAGAAUAAAAGUUGAAGAGCUGGAGAAUGGAAAAUUUCACCGAAUUAUCUUCAGUCCAUUAGCUGAGGAAGAUCUGGGUGUUUAUUCUGUGAAAGUAGAGAAUUUGACAAGUGAAGCACGAGUGGAUAUGAAGAUUGCACCAACACUGAAGCUGUCGGAAUCAUUCUCUGACAAAGUCAUCAUGAAAGCAGGAGAGGCGGCCGUCUUCGAAAUACCAUUCGUCGCCAGUCCGAAACCGACAGUGACCUGGUCAUGGAGGCCAAGAACACGUCCUGAUGCGGAGUUGGGAUCAGCUCAGACUCCACGAUUUAAGGCUGACGUGGUGUCCGGACUGACAUCACUUCCAGUGAGUAAGGUGAAGCGUGAAGAUGCUGGUGAGUACAGUGUGGUCAUCAGUAAUGAAUUGGGUGAGGUGACAGUGAGCAUUGAGUUGAUUGUAUUGGACAAACCAUCUGUACCUCGCAAUUUAGUUGCGAGUGAUAACACUGGUGAGAGUGUUUUGUUCAGUUGGACGGAACCAGAAUUCCUCGGUCUUCAUCCUGAUGUAGGAGUUAGUGAUGGAUUGAGUUACGUUGUCGAGAUGCGUGAGUCAAAUCAACGUGCGAGUAGGUCGGUGACAGUGACGAGUGAAUUGAAUACUCUUAUAGACAAAUUGCAUGUGAACAAGUCGUAUGUGUUUAGUGUUGCAGCUAAAAAUGAUGUCGGUCAGUCGGAAUUCGCUGAAACGAGUCCAGUUUCGACGAAGUUGGAAUAUGGUCCACCAUCGAGUCCAGUCAAUGUGAAGGCAGUCGUCAAUCCACCGAAAGCGUCUAUCAAAGAUCAAACGAUAGAAUUGAUGUGGGAACAACCAACCGACCAAGUGUCUGCCAGUGGACCGGUCACAAACUUCUACAUCGAAUUGAAGCCUGAAGAUUCAACUCGAUGGCAGGACGUGAGUGCCGACUUCACAAUCACUGAACCACACUUCACACUUCCUACUGAUAAAUUGCAAGAGUUUGUGAGUUAUGAGUUCCGUGUAACGUCAGAGAAUAAGGCUGGCAAGAGUAAACCUUCUUCACCAUCGAAUGCUGUUCAACUAGGUAUACCGCUAGAAUUCAUUCGCCCAUUGACGGAUAUAACUGUCAGCGCAGUGACAAAUGAACCAGUCAUACUUGAAUGUGAACUAUCUCGAACUCCACGUGACAAGAUUCAAUGGUUUAAGGAUGGAAAAGCACUACCCAGCAAACUGUCGAGUAGAAUAAAAGUUGAAGAGCUGGAGAAUGGAAAAGUUCACCGAAUUAUCUUCAGUCCAUUAGCUGAGGAAGAUCUGGGUGUUUAUUCUGUGAAAGUAGAGAAUUUGACAAGUGAAGCACGAGUGGAUAUGAAGAUUGCACCAACACUGAAGCUGUCGGAAUCAUUCUCUGACAAAGUCAUCAUGAAAGCAGGAGAGGCGGCCGUCUUCGAAAUACCAUUCGUCGCCAGUCCGAAACCGACAGUGACCUGGUCAUGGAGGCCAAGAACACGUCCUGAUGCGGAGUUGGGAUCAGCUCAGACUCCACGAUUUAAGGCUGACGUGGUGUCCGGACUGACAUCACUUCCAGUGAGUAAGGUGAAGCGUGAAGAUGCUGGUGAGUACAGUGUGGUCAUCAGUAAUGAAUUGGGCGAGGUGACAGUGAGCAUUGAGUUGAUUGUAUUGGACAAACCAUCUGUACCUCGCAAUUUAGUUGCGAGUGAUAACACUGGUGAGAGUGUUUUGUUCAGUUGGACGGAACCAGAAUUCCUCGGUCUUCAUCCUGAUGUAGGAGUUAGUGAUGGAUUGAGUUACGUUGUCGAGAUGCGUGAGUCAAAUCAACGUGCGAGUAGGUCGGUGACAGUGACGAGUGAAUUGAAUACUCUUAUAGACAAAUUGCAAGUGAACAAGUCGUAUGUGUUUAGUGUUGCAGCUAAAAAUGAUGUCGGUCAGUCGGAAUUCGCUGAAACGAGUCCAGUUUCGACGAAGUUGGAAUAUGGUCCACCAUCGAGUCCAGUCAAUGUGAAGGCAGUCGUCAAUCCACCGAAAGCGUCUAUCAAAGAUCAAACGAUAGAAUUGACGUGGGAACAACCAACCGACCAAGUGUCUGCCAGUGGACCGGUCACAAACUUCUACAUCGAAUUGAAGCCUGAAGAUUCAACUCGAUGGCAGGACGUGAGUGCCGACUUCACAAUCACUGAACCACACUUCACACUUCCUACUGAUAAAUUGCAAGAGUUUGUGAGUUAUGAGUUCCGUGUAACGUCAGAGAAUAAGGCUGGCAAGAGUAAACCUUCUUCACCAUCGAAUGCUGUUCAACUAGGUAUACCGCUAGAAUUCAUUCGCCCAUUGACGGAUAUAACUGUCAGCGCAGUGACAAAUGAACCAGUCAUACUUGAAUGUGAACUAUCUCGAACUCCACGUGACAAGAUUCAAUGGUUUAAGGAUGGAAAAGCACUACCCAGCAAACUGUCGAGUAGAAUAAAAGUUGAAGAGCUGGAGAAUGGAAAAGUUCACCGAAUUAUCUUCAGUCCAUUAGCUGAGGAAGAUCUGGGUGUUUAUUCUGUGAAAGUAGAGAAUUUGACAAGUGAAGCACGAGUGGAUAUGAAGAUUGCACCAACACUGAAGCUGUCGGAAUCAUUCUCUGACAAAGUCAUCAUGAAAGCAGGAGAGGCGGCCGUCUUCGAAAUACCAUUCGUCGCCAGUCCGAAACCGACAGUGACCUGGUCAUGGAGGCCAAGAACACGUCCUGAUGCGGAGUUGGGAUCAGCUCAGACUCCACGAUUUAAGGCUGACGUGGUGUCCGGACUGACAUCACUUCCAGUGAGUAAGGUGAAGCGUGAAGAUGCUGGUGAGUACAGUGUGGUCAUCAGUAAUGAAUUGGGCGAGGUGACAGUGAGCAUUGAGUUGAUUGUAUUGGACAAACCAUCUGUACCUCGCAAUUUAGUUGCGAGUGAUAACACUGGUGAGAGUGUUUUGUUCAGUUGGACGGAACCAGAAUUCCUCGGUCUUCAUCCUGAUGUAGGAGUUAGUGAUGGAUUGAGUUACGUUGUCGAGAUGCGUGAGUCAAAUCAACGUGCGAGUAGGUCGGUGACAGUGACGAGUGAAUUGAAUACUCUUAUAGACAAAUUGCAAGUGAACAAGUCGUAUGUGUUUAGUGUUGCAGCUAAAAAUGAUGUCGGUCAGUCGGAAUUCGCUGAAACGAGUCCAGUUUCGACGAAGUUGGAAUAUGGUCCACCAUCGAGUCCAGUCAAUGUGAAGGCAGUCGUCAAUCCACCGAAAGCGUCUAUCAAAGAUCAAACGAUAGAAUUGACGUGGGAACAACCAACCGACCAAGUGUCUGCCAGUGGACCGGUCACAAACUUCUACAUCGAAUUGAAGCCUGAAGAUUCAACUCGAUGGCAGGACGUGAGUGCCGACUUCACAAUCACUGAACCACACUUCACACUUCCUACUGAUAAAUUGCAAGAGUUUGUGAGUUAUGAGUUCCGUGUAACGUCAGAGAAUAAGGCUGGCAAGAGUAAACCUUCUUCACCAUCGAAUGCUGUUCAACUAGGUAUACCGCUAGAAUUCAUUCGCCCAUUGACGGAUAUAACUGUCAGCGCAGUGACAAAUGAACCAGUCAUACUUGAAUGUGAACUAUCUCGAACUCCACGUGACAAGAUUCAAUGGUUUAAGGAUGGAAAAGCACUACCCAGCAAACUGUCGAGUAGAAUAAAAGUUGAAGAGCUGGAGAAUGGAAAAGUUCACCGAAUUAUCUUCAGUCCAUUAGCUGAGGAAGAUCUGGGUGUUUAUUCUGUGAAAGUAGAGAAUUUGACAAGUGAAGCACGAGUGGAUAUGAAGAUUGCACCAACACUGAAGCUGUCGGAAUCAUUCUCUGACAAAGUCAUCAUGAAAGCAGGAGAGGCGGCCGUCUUCGAAAUACCAUUCGUCGCCAGUCCGAAACCGACAGUGACCUGGUCAUGGAGGCCAAGAACACGUCCUGAUGCGGAGUUGGGAUCAGCUCAGACUCCACGAUUUAAGGCUGACGUGGUGUCCGGACUGACAUCACUUCCAGUGAGUAAGGUGAAGCGUGAAGAUGCUGGUGAGUACAGUGUGGUCAUCAGUAAUGAAUUGGGCGAGGUGACAGUGAGCAUUGAGUUGAUUGUAUUGGACAAACCAUCUGUACCUCGCAAUUUAGUUGCGAGUGAUAACACUGGUGAGAGUGUUUUGUUCAGUUGGACGGAACCAGAAUUCCUCGGUCUUCAUCCUGAUGUAGGAGUUAGUGAUGGAUUGAGUUACGUUGUCGAGAUGCGUGAGUCAAAUCAACGUGCGAGUAGGUCGGUGACAGUGACGAGUGAAUUGAAUACUCUUAUAGACAAAUUGCAAGUGAACAAGUCGUAUGUGUUUAGUGUUGCAGCUAAAAAUGAUGUCGGUCAGUCGGAAUUCGCUGAAACGAGUCCAGUUUCGACGAAGUUGGAAUAUGGUCCACCAUCGAGUCCAGUCAAUGUGAAGGCAGUCGUCAAUCCACCGAAAGCGUCUAUCAAAGAUCAAACGAUAGAAUUGACGUGGGAACAACCAACCGACCAAGUGUCUGCCAGUGGACCGGUCACAAACUUCUACAUCGAAUUGAAGCCUGAAGAUUCAACUCGAUGGCAGGACGUGAGUGCCGACUUCACAAUCACUGAACCACACUUCACACUUCCUACUGAUAAAUUGCAAGAGUUUGUGAGUUAUGAGUUCCGUGUAACGUCAGAGAAUAAGGCUGGCAAGAGUAAACCUUCUUCACCAUCGAAUGCUGUUCAACUAGGCAUUCCACUCGAAUUUAUACGACCACUAACUGACUUGACUGUUGACAAAGUAACCAAGGAACCAGUCAUCCUUGAGUGCGAAUUAUCUCGUACUCCUCGUGAUAAAGUACAAUGGUUGAAGGAUGGGAAACCUAUUGGUCGUCUACCAGACCGUGUGACAAUUGAGGAGUUGGAGAAUGGAAAAAUCCAUCGUGUGAAGUUCAUUUCAUUAAUGGAUGAUGAUUUGGGUGUAUAUAGUUUACGUGUUGAGAAGUUAUCUAGUGAAUGUCGAUUAGAUAUGAAAGUACCACCAACAUUGAGAUUAUCUGAUUCGUUCUCCGAUCGAGUGGUCAUCAAGGCUGGAGGUGCUAUGGUGUUCGAAAUACCAUUCACUGCCAGUCCUAAACCAAAAGUCGAAUGGACAUGGAGACAGCGAAGUCGACCAGAUGGUGAAUUGGGACCGGUACAAAGUCCACGAUUUAAGGCUGACGUGGUGUCGGGAUUGACGUCAUUGCCUGUGAGUAAGGUGAAGCGUGAGGAUGCCGGUGACUACACAGUGGUGAUCAGUAACGAGUUGGGUGAAGUGUCUGUGACGAUUCAGAUGAUUGUGAUUGACAAGCCAUCUGUACCUCGUGAUUUGGAGGUGAGUGAGAACAGUGGUGAGAGUGUGUUGUUGAGUUGGAAGGAGCCCGAAUUCGUUGGUUUGUCCACGACGCCGACGACGACGGAUGUGAGUGGUGCUGGUGGAUUGUUGGAGUAUGUGGUUGAGAUGCGUGAGUCUAGUCAACGUGCUGGUCGUGGAGUGAGAAAAACGAGUGAAUUGAGUGUGAGGAUUGACGAUCUUCAGAUCAACAAGUCGUAUGUGUUUAGUGUUGCAGCGAAGAAUGAUGUUGGUCAAUCAGAGUUUGCAGAAACGAAACCAGUUUCUACUAAAUUAGAUUAUGGUCCACCAUCGAGUCCAGUCAAUGUGAAGGCAGUCGUCAAUCCACUGAAAGCGUCUAUCAAAGAUCAAACGAUAGAAUUGACGUGGGAACAACCAACCGGCCAAGUGUCUGCCAGUGGACCGGUCACAAACUUCUACAUCGAAUUGAAGCCUGAAGAUUCAACUCGAUGGCAGGACGUGAGUGCCGACUUCACAAUCACUGAACCACACUUCACACUUCCUACUGAUAAAUUGCAAGAGUUUGUGAGUUAUGAGUUCCGUGUAACAUCAGAGAAUAAAGCUGGCAAGAGUAAACCUUCCUCACCAUCAAAUGCAAUACAAUUAGGCGUUCCACUCGAAUUUAUACGACCACUAACUGACUUGACUGUUGACAAAGUAACCAAUGAACCAGUCAUCCUUGAGUGUGAAUUAUCUCGUACUCCUCGUGAUAAAGUACAAUGGUUGAAGGAUGGGAAACCUAUUGGUCGUCUACCAGACCGUGUGACAAUUGAGGAGUUGGAGAAUGGAAAAAUCCAUCGUGUGAAGUUCAUUUCAUUAAUGGAUGAUGAUUUGGGUGUAUAUAGUUUACGUAUUGAGAAGUUAUCUAGUGAAUGUCGACUAGAUAUGAAAGUACCGCCAACAUUGAGAUUAUCCGAUUCGUUCUCCGAUCGAGUGAUCAUCAAGGCUGGAGGUGCUAUGGUGUUCGAAAUACCAUUCACUGCCAGCCCUAAACCAAAAGUCGAAUGGACAUGGAGACAGCGAAGUCGACCAGAUGGUGAAUUGGGACCGGUACAAAGUCCACGAUUUAAGGCUGACGUGGUGUCAGGAUUGACGUCAUUGCCUGUGAGUAAGGUGAAGCGUGAGGAUGCCGGUGACUACACAGUGGUGAUCAGUAAUGAGUUGGGUGAAGUGUCUGUGACGAUUCAGAUGAUUGUGAUUGACAAGCCAUCUGUACCUCGUGAUUUGGAGGUGAGUGAGAACAGUGGUGAGAGUGUGUUGUUGAGUUGGAAGGAGCCCGAAUUCGUUGGUUUGUCCACGACGCUGACGACGGAUGUGAGUGUGAGUGGUGCUGGUGGAUUGUUGGAGUAUGUGGUUGAGAUGCGUGAGUCUAGUCAACGUGCUGGUCGUGGAGUGAGAAAAACGAGUGAAUUGAGUGUGAGGAUUGACGAUCUUCAGAUCAACAAGUCGUAUGUGUUUAGUGUUGCAGCGAAGAAUGAUGUUGGUCAAUCAGAGUUUGCAGAAACGAAACCAGUUUCAACUAAAUUGGAUUAUGGUCCACCAUUGAGUCCAGUCAAUGUGAAGGCAGUCGUCAAUCCACCGAAAGCGUCUAUCAAAGAUCAAACGAUAGAAUUGACGUGGGAACAACCAACCGACCAAGUGUCUGCCAGUGGACCGGUCACAAACUUCUACAUCGAAUUGAAGCCUGAAGAUUCAACUCGAUGGCAGGACGUGAGUGCCGACUUCACAAUCACUGAACCACACUUCACACUUCCUACUGAUAAAUUGCAAGAGUUUGUGAGUUAUGAGUUCCGUGUAACGUCAGAGAAUAAGGCUGGCAAGAGUAAACCUUCUUCACCAUCGAAUGCUGUUCAACUAGGUAUUCCACUAGAAUUUGUUCGUCCGUUGAUUGAUGUUACUGUAAGUGAGGUUGAUGGAAAACCAGUUGUAUUGGAGUGUGAAUUAUCUCGUUCAUCACGUGAUAAGGUACAAUGGUUAAAAGAUGGUAAAUCUUUAAGUCGUUUACCAAACCAUGUAUCAGUUGAAGAAUCACGUGACAAUAAAAUUCACUCUAUUAAGUUCUCUUCCUUAACUGAUGAUGAUUUGGGCGUCUAUACGAUAAAAGUAGAAAAGUUAUCAAGUGAGGCGAAACUUUCAAUGAAAGUUCCACCAACAUUGAGAUUAUCCGAUUCGUUCUCCGAUCGAGUGAUCAUCAAGGCUGGAGGUGCUAUGGUGUUCGAAAUACCAUUCACUGCCAGUCCUAAACCAAAAGUCGAAUGGACAUGGAGACAGCGAAGUCGACCAGAUGGUGAAUUGGGACCGGUACAAAGUCCACGAUUUAAGGCUGACGUGGUGUCGGGAUUGACGUCAUUGCCUGUGAGUAAGGUGAAGCGUGAGGAUGCCGGUGACUACACAGUGGUGAUCAGUAACGAGUUGGGUGAAGUGUCUGUGACGAUUCAGAUGAUUGUGAUUGACAAGCCAUCUGUACCUCGUGAUUUGGAGGUGAGUGAGAACAGUGGUGAGAGUGUGUUGUUGAGUUGGAAGGAGCCCGAAUUCGUUGGUUUGUCCACGACGACGACGACGGAUGUGAGUGUGAGUGGUGCUGGUGGAUUGUUGGAAUAUGUGGUUGAGAUGCGUGAGUCUAGUCAACGUGCUGGUCGUGGAGUGAGAAAAACGAGUGAAUUGAGUGUGAGGAUUGACGAUCUUCAGAUCAACAAGUCGUAUGUGUUUAGUGUUGCAGCGAAGAAUGAUGUUGGUCAAUCCGAGUUUGCAGAAACGAAACCAGUUUCAACUAAAUUAGAUUAUGGACCUCCAACUCCUCCAUUGAAUGUUACUGCAUCUGUAUCUCCAUCAUGUGCUGAACCAGAAGAUCAAAUGAUAACAGUGAGUUGGUCCGAAUCUGAAACAGCACCAACAACAACAUCUACUGGAUCAUCUCCACUUUAUUACACUGUAGAGUAUAGAGUAGAUGAAGGACGUGUUUGGAAUAAAUUAAUCUGUGGUAAAGAAGUUACUGGUAUGAAAUUAGAUUUUCCUCCACUUAAAGAAAAUUUGAGCGCUGGUAAAUCAUAUGACUUCAGAGUUAUAGCUGUAAAUAAAGCUGGUGCAAGUGAACCAUCAAAACCAUCGAAUUCAAUCCAACUAGGUAUAGUACUUGAAUUUAUACGUCAAUUAGAAGAUUUAAUUAUAACUAACAUUGAACCAAUUGAAUAUAAAUUAGAAUGUGAAUUAUCACGUAAACCAAGAACAAUGACAGCUUGGACAAAAGAUAAUAAACCAUUAAUUAUAAAAUCAGAUGAUACUCAUAUGAAAUUUAUUGAUCAAGGCACAAUUCAAUCAAUUCAUUUUACACAUUUAAUUGAUACAGAUAUUGGUGAUUAUGCAAUACAAGUAGAGAAUAUUUCAUCAAAAUGUAAAUUAGAAAUUAAAGCUCCACCAACAAUUCGAAUAUCUGAUCAAUUUGAAGAUCAUAUUACUUUAAAGGCGGGCACUUCAAAAAUUCUAGAAAUUCCAUUUAUAUCUUCACCAAAACCUAAAAUUAAAUGGACAUGGGCACCAAGUACUGACUUGACUCAAGAACAACCACCUAGAUUUAAACCGGAUAUAGUUGCUGGUUUAACUACAUUACCUUUAAGUCGAGUGAAACGUGAAGAUAGUGGAGCAUAUAAAGUUAAAAUAUCAAAUGAUCUUGGUGAAAUUUUCAUAACAAUUCAUGUCAUUGUUAUUGAUAAACCAUCUCCACCAAGAAAUCUUACAAUAACUGAUGCUACAGAAAAAUCAGUCAUGUUUAAUUGGGAUCUACCAGUUAGUGUAAAUGAAAAUGAAUCUUUAGAAUAUGUUGUUAAUUAUCGAGAUGCAACCAAAUAUUCAAGUCAACCAAUUAAUGUUUGUGUAACAAAAGAAUUAAAAACAUUUAUAGAUGGUCUUAAACUGGGAUCUCAAUAUAUAUUCUCCGUUUGUGCACGAAAUGAAGUUGGUGAUUCCGCCUUUGCUGAAAGUCAAACAUUCUUAAUGAAGUAUUCUUUUAACCCACCUGAAGCUCCAGGAAUACCUCAGGUUAGUAUAAUAGAAAGUGGUCACGUUUCACUGGAAUGGACACCUCCUUCAUCAGACGGUGGUUCUCCCAUCACAGAAUAUUUCAUUGAGAGCAUGGAUGAACGUCCAAUUGUAAAAGGUCAGCGCCGUACAUCGACCUACGGUUCUCGAACACAAUGGAAUUCGCUAACUACAGGAAUUAUAUUUGAACCUAAUGUUCAGCCGAAAGCUUCAGUAACUGGUUUGUCUCCUGAUAAACAAUAUACAUUCCGUGUAUGUGCUGUUAAUAAAGCUGGUAAAGGGCCAUUUAGUCCACCAUCAGAAUCUUGUUUACCCUUAAUGAAACCUCCUAAAGUUCCUGGAAAACCUGGUCCUAUAACCGUCGAACCUUUAAAUGAAACAAGUGUCAAUUUAAGUUGGACACCUGGCACUGUAAACGAAGACUUUGGACCAGCUGAUUAUUAUAUAAUUGAAGCUUGUGAAGAUGACGGUAAUGAGUGGAAAGAAGUUGGAAAGACAACCAAGCCAGAUGAUUGUAACUUGAAUGUGAACAAUCUAGAUAGUUCAACACGUUAUCAAUUUCGUGUUCGUGGAGUGAAUAAAGAAGGUGUCGGUGAACCAUCAAAACCAUCAGAAAGGAUUUGUUUAAAGAAAGAUGCUCCAUUAGUUAUAACUAAAGAAUUAGAAUCAAUUCAUUUGAAUGAAAUUCCACAAACAAUUGAAUAUGAGUGUCAUUUAUCUAAAUUACCACAAAAAGUUCAAUGGUUCUAUAAUAAUAAACGUUUAGAUACAUCAAAUUUACGUAAAUAUCGUUUUAUUGAUGAUGGUAAAAUACAAAAAUUAGAAGUAUUAAAAAUUACAUUAGAUGAUGUUGGUGAAUAUUCUAUUAAAAUUGAUAAGUUAGAAUCAAAGGCAACAUUUGAAAUUGAUUUACCACCUAAACUCUGUCUACCAGAUGAUUUCUCUGAUACAAUCAUACUUACUCAGGGAAAUAAUCGUAAUAUAGAGAUACCAUUUACUUCUUGUCCACCUGCCACCAGUAUUGUUUGGUAUUGGAAUGGUAGUCGUACUCUGCCUGAUCCAACAAAACGAACUGUUCCAGAUAAUGAUUCAAAGUCUCAAGCGGUACUUCGUCUUACUGCAGUACAAGUUUCUGAUGCUGGAAUUUAUGAAGCUAUUAUCACUAAUCUAUAUGGAGAAGCUAAAGCAACCAUAACAUUGAAAGUUCUUGGAGUCCCGGGUCCAGUAACAUCAUUGGAAGCACAUGUUGAGUCACCUACAGAAGUAUCUGUUUUAUGGAAACCACCUGAAGAUGAUGGCGGUAGCCCAUUGACAGGAUAUAAAGUUGAACAACGUCAAUUGGCUCCUGAACCUGGAGGUGUUUUACGUUCUCAGGCUAAGGAGUGGAAGUCAAUUGCAAAUGUUAGUUCAAAAUCAAAAACAUCUAACGAAGAAGAACCAUUUGUACAUCGUAUCACAGGGUUAACUGAAGGAGCCACUUAUUUGUUUGGUGUUUCUGCAGUUAAUGAUUGCGGAAGUGGACCAAGGAAAGAAAUUUCCGAUGGCUUAAUAAUGAAAUCUCCUUAUGAUAUUCCGGAAAUUCCAAAACAACUUACUGCUAAACCACUAAAUCAUUCCACUAUUGAAUUAGAAUUCAAAUUACCAGUCACUCAUGUGGAAGCGCCUUUAACUAGUGUAAUUGUUGAAUAUCGUCCUAAAAGUGUAUCAAGAUGGAAAACCCAAACAUUUGAACCAUGUUCUAUAGUACAAAUUGAUAAACUUGAAGCAAAUACAGAAUAUGAAUUUCGUGUAAGUUGUACUAAUUUGGCUGGUAAAAGUGAAUCAUCAAAUCCUGUUAAAGCUAAAACAAAACAAUUGCCAAAACCUCCUGAUACUCCGAAGCUUGACAGUGUUACACCAGUCAAUACAAACUCAGUAAAAGUCAAUUGGUUUUCUCCAACAAAUGAUGGUGACAGUCCAAUUACAUCAUAUCAAAUAGAGAUGUGCGAUGCGAAAAAUGGCACUGAAGUAUGGAAACCAAUUGAUGCUUUAAACAUAGAUCGUGUGGAUCAAAGUUUACUAUCUCCAGACGAACAAAAGUCAUAUGAGUUAAUUGUGAAAAAUUUAGACAAUUCCAAAUCUUUCAAAUUUCGUGUUAUUGCUGUGAAUAGUAUAGGACCAGGUAAACCGUCUAGAAGUUCACAACCUGUUACACCUGGAAUUGAAGUCAAUAUUAUUCGACCAUUGAAUAAUGUUUGUUUUGAUGAAAUUCCAAAAUCUGGAACAAAAGUUGAAUUAGAAUGUGAAUUAAGUCAAUCUAAUUGUCGAGUAAAUUGGUUAUAUAAUGGAAAGCCAAUUGUAUUGGGUAAGAAAUAUGAUUUCUCUCCAGAAGGAAAUGUUUAUCGAUUAAUUAUUAAUGAUAUAACACUUGAAGAUAUGGGAGUUUAUGAAUUGAAUUAUAAGAAGUUAAAAACACAAUGUAAAGUAGAAGCUAAAAUUCCACCAACACUUCUUGAAGAUACUGAAGAAAGUCAUACACGUCGUAUUAAUGUUGGUUCAAAUUGUGUAUUUGAAGUACCAUUUAAAGCUUAUCCAAAGCCUACUAUAAAAUGGCUUGCUCAAAAUAUACCUAUCACUGAUAAAACAAAACGUUAUCAAGUCAAUAUAGUAGCUGGUUUAACAUCAUUAUCUAUACAACGUGUACAAAAAGAUGAUACUGGUCAAUUAGCUGUUAUCAUUGAAAAUGAACAUGGAAAAUUAACAUGGAAAUGUGAACUAAUUGUUAUUGAUAAACCAAAACCAGUUGAAAAUUUAACUGUUGAAUCAAGUAUAGAUCAACUUCAUAUGAUAAUGAAUUGGAAACCACCGCGUAAAGAUUUAAAUAAUCCAAUAACACAUUAUGAAUUAGAAUAUCGUAAUUCAAAAAAUCGUUCAUGGCAAACAUUUAAAAAUGGUUCAUCAGAUGUAGAUGAUUUAUAUAAAAUACCUAAUAAUUUAACAACAUUUGAAAUAAAAAUUACAGAAAAAGAAACAGCUAAUAGUUUAGCAUCAAAUACAGAUUAUUAUUUUCGUAUAAUAGUUGUUAAUGAAGUUGGAAAAAGUGAACCAACUGAAACACGUUCAUUCAUUAAAACACCAUCAUUACCAACUUCUCUUGAGGAUGGUUCAGAAGCACCACAUUUUCUUAAAGAAUUAACAAGUAUUACUGUUGUUGAAGGGAGUGCUGCUCGUUUUGAAACAUGUGCACGUGGUCAACCUGCACCAACUGUACGUUGGCUUAAAGAUGGUAAACCAUUAUUAACAGAUGGUAUACGUUUAUGUGUAUCACAAACAUCAACUGAAAGAUCUGGCACUAAUACAUCUAGUCAUACACUUUUAGUUAAAGAUGCUAUACCACGUGAUAGUGGAACAUAUACAUGUAUUGCAACAAGUUCAUCAGGUACUGCUAUCACUGAAGCAGCAUUACAUGUUCGUGGUUUAUUCGGUCGUGGAGGUUACAUUGGCUCAGAUACAGUUAAUAGUGGUGGUAUUCGACAUCGUCAUCCUGAAUUCACUCGUCGUUUACGUAAUCAACAAGUUGAUUUUGGCAGUACUAUAAGAUUAGCUGCAUCAGUAUUAGCUCAACCAUCAGCUACAGUGGUUUGGCAAAAAGAUGGUAUAGAAAUUUUAACUGAUCCAUCGGAUGAUCCAAGAAUUACGGCUAAAAAUCAUAGCGGUCAUCUAGAAUUACGUAUUGAAAAUGUAUGUAAAGAUGAUUUGGGUCAAUAUACAGUGAUUGUAUAUAAUUCUGCUGGUGAAGCUCGUUGUUCAUGCAUUCUACAAAGUACAACUAAAAUGGAAAUACAAGUGCCUAAAUUCACUAAAGAACUUCGAGAUUAUACAAUAUUAGAAGGUACUAAUUUAUGUUUAGAAACCAUAGCAAUCGGUGAACCAAUACCUGAAUUUAAAUGGGAAAAAGAUGGUUUUGAAAUUCUUCCUGAUGAAUAUGGUCCACCACGUAUCACACCUGGAACAAAUGGUAGUGGUUUAGCUUAUUUACGCAUUCACAAUGUUCGUAGUUCAGAUGCAGGUUUGUAUCGUUGCAUUGCAUAUAAUAGAUUUGGUCGUGAAAGAACAACUUGCAUUGUUCAUGUGGAAUCAAUUAAACAAAAAGGUGUACAUCGGUCAGAUAUGAGAAAUGGAUCAUUUACCUCGAAAAAAGAUACAGAUUCUUCUUUAGCACUGUUAUCUGAGAACGGUAUUAAAGCAUCACCAAAGGAUCAUUCAGAUUCACCCAAAUUAACUGGAUAUAUUACUGUGUUACGUCCAUUGCCUAAAACUAUUGAAGUUGAAGAAGGCAGUCCUAUUGAACUAACAUGUCGUGUUGAUACAAAUUUACAUUACAUUCCUACAUGGAGUAAAUCAGGUCGAACUUUAACAUAUGAUGGUCGUAGAAGAAUUACUCGUAGUAAAGAUGGUGAACUUACAUUAGCUAUUGAUCAAGUAAUGUCUAAUGACGAUGGAUCAUACACAUUGACAUUAGAAGCUUCUGAUGCAAAUGCACCGAAGAAUCUAGAACCAAUUGUACUUUCUACACGUGUUCAAAUUAAAUCAAAACAAAAACCACGUUAUGAUACUGUUUCACGUGGAUCAUCUCGUGCUAAUUCUCGAGCAACAAGUGUUUCAAAUGGUCGAACUUCUAAAGAACCAUAAUAUCAAUCAAUUAUAAACAAAGAUAAAUGUUAACAAGACAAUAUAAGUUACAAUAAGUAUGUAUUCAUAUAAGAUAUUUGUUUGUGUAUUUUUAGUCAUCUAAGAUAUUUUGACCUAUACAAACAAUUUUAAUCUUGUUUCCAUAACAACAGUUUAUGUUAUGGAUGAUGAUCAUGAGAAUGACUAGGAUACAACUGCUUCUAGAUUUAACCUUCUUUUUUUCAAAAUAUACGAUUGUAUGUAACAUGACAAACAAUUAUGCAAUUAGAAAUCUUCAACAUUUCGAAAGUUUCGUAUUCACAUCUAUAUCAACUUCAUGAAGAUUAUGUACUUGUUUGUCUAUAUAUUACUUUCUGUCAAAACUUGAUGUAUGAAAAAUAUAAUAUUCGUUUCUUUUACUUUGUCUAAUAUAAAUCAAUUUUUUGUUGCUGUACGCGUCCCCCUUUAAGUAUUAACUAUUAUGAAUACUACUACUAGUACUACUAAUACUAAUACUAAUGCUACUCCUAUUAGUACCAUUUUAUCUAAUUAUCACUUAAUGAUAAGUUCAUUUAUUAGUUUACAACAAUCUAUGUGUAAGAAUAUCCCUUUUUUGAGUAUAUCACAUUUCAUUAAAAAUACCCUGACUCCCCUCUUUCACCUCCCCCUCCCCAAAAUUUUUUAUUUCAUUGAUCCUCUCAUAACUUAUUAAUUUAGAUAAUGUUAUUUUAAAGAGAGAAACGAAUGCAACUUUACCAAAAAAGAAAGGAAAAGAUUCUUGUAUUUCCAAUGAAUAACACAUUAUGAUUAGUUUCAUUUAUAACUAAGUAACUAUAAUCAGAAUAUUUAUCAAGUUUAUCCAUGAAUUUGUUUGUUAUUCUUUCCUCUUUAACUUUUAUUGGUAAUUAUUACACAUCCUUAUAUACUACUGAUUUGAAUUGUUUAAUUAACCAAUUAAUGUAAUGUUUAAAUAAAUCACUUGAUAAUUAAUUG